ACCUUAGCUCUCACAGAUCUUCACAAUGGGCGACGCAGAGGCACUUCCCGAUUAUGUUCUUGACCCCAACGCCGUCCUGAAGGACAAGGACGCUGCUUGGAGAUAUGGCGCUCCCCCGGACUAUUCCAACACCCGUGCUGUGUACGAGCGGACCAAGAAACAAUCCCACGAGCCCGGCAGUCUGCCCAACCUGGUCGAGAACCUCGUCAAGAACUGGGAAAUCGAGGCCUCCUUUAAGACCUCGCUGGCGGACUGGCGCACGAUCGACCACGAAAAGUACCACGUCACGCUCAACGGCGGUCCCCCACUGUCCGGCGAGUACAUGCUCAAGGUGGGGACCUACAACGCCCUACUCACCCCGAGCGCGUACUACGACCCGGCCCACAACGACUUCGAGAUGAGCCACAAGAGCUUCAAGCGCAUGAUGCCCACCUUCGCCUGGGAGGUGACCGAGGUGUACAGCGGCCCGCCCACUGUGGUCUUCAAAUGGAGACACUGGGGCGAGAUGGCCCGCGACUAUGUCGGGUUCAACGACAAGGGAGAGAAGGUCCGGAUUGAGGCGCAUGGCGGCCCAAUCGACAUCCAGGGGAUCAUCGUGGCCAAGGUCAACAAGGCCCUCCAGUUAGAGCAGAUUAACGUUUGGUUCGACCCGCUCGACAUGUUCCGCCAGAUCUCCCGCGGUCGCGAGCAGAUCAAGGCGGAUGAUGCGGAGGUACCCUCUGGUUGCCCCUUCACUGGCGCUGCCAACAAGGAGUAGAAGUUUUGAUGUCUGAUCUCGUGUCGUGUAUUGUACUGUUUAGAUACCUUGUAUUGUUCCAGAAUGAUGUAAU